CUUUUUUUCCCCCUUUUUUCUUUCUUUCUUGUUUUAUCUAUUUUAUAACAAUAUAUCAAUUAUAGAAUGUCCUCUCCCACCUCAGGACGUACAAGAAAACGUCUUGUCAAAGGUACUGAAAAGGUUGACAAGUUUCAAAUGUUAAAGGACGCAAGACGAAACCGAUCUCGUAGUGCCUUAUACGAUAAUAAAGUGGUUGAUGAUCUUUACGAAGAAGUAGAUGAAGAAGAAUAUAUUGCUCGACAGGAUGACGAUAAGUUUGUGGAAGACGACGAUAAUGCUGGUUAUAUUGACGAUGGUCGCAAUGAUCAAAUAUUCUCAGAAGAUGAGUAUGACGGGGAUGCUGAUACUGGAAAACGCAAACGCAAGUCCAAAAGUACUAAGCAACAACAAAAAAACAAAAAAGUCGAUAGUCCUUUACCAAGUCAUUCGCAAAUGCUCAACAAAUUUUUCCAAAAGUCUACCAAAUUGGAAACUACUUCUACCAAGCCCAACACGUCUAUUACAGAAGAUGACGAUUUUAUGGCCAAUUUAUUAUCUAAUCUAGGACCUUCUCCAGAAGAUACAGCUUCCUCAGUAUCAAGAAAAUCUCGCAAAAUUGAAAGAUCUCAGCGAAUGACGGCACUUAAUACGCCUCUUCCCUCUCGACAACGUUUUGCACCUCCAACACCACAACCGCUAACAGCACAACAACAACAACAACAACAACAACAACGACAACGUACUGUCAACGAUCACGUCAACAACACUCAAAUCAAUAGCGACCAUGAAACUGCUGAAGUUACUUCUGACAAUCAUACUCACAACAAUGAUCACAACGUUGAGGAUGAUGCUGAUUAUGGAUUUGAUGAUAUGGAUCUGGAUUUUGAUGACAUUGAAGCUGAUUUAAAUUCAACUACUAUGAAGAAGAAGGAAGUAGAAAUCAAAAUGGAACAAGAUGAACCAAUAUUGACAACAGCUCCAAAAGUCCAUAUCAAGAAGGAAGAAACAAGAGAUCCUGAUUUACAAGGUUGGGAAGCAGCCGAAGCAAAAAUGACCAGCGAUGUUAUGGAUACAAUAACUUUGAAGGAGGAAUCUACAGCAAUGACAUUACAAGAGGACGACAAGAGUCUUCAUUUUUGGUGGUAUGAUGCUUAUGAACACCGAGAUAAGGGUUCUGUAUAUUUAUUUGGAAAAGUUCUCAACAAAAGUUCCAACAAUUAUAUCAGUUGUUGUGUAGCUAUUCACAAUAUUGAACGCAAUAUAUUUAUACUUCCACGAGCACAGACAUUGGAUGGCCAAGAAGUCGGAUUAGAAGAUGUAUAUGGCGAACUUUCCGAUAUUUGUACAAAGACUCGAAUCAAGAAAUGGGCAUCAAAAGCAACUACCAGAAAAUACGCAUUCGAAAUUCCUGGCGUACCCCAAGAAGCUGAAUAUCUUAAAAUGGUCUACAGUUACAGUGAACCAGCAUUACCUGAAAACCUCAGUGGAAACACUUUUAGUCAUACUUUUGGUAUUCAAACUGGUCCAUUAGAACAUUUUUUGAUCAAACGUGAUAUUAUGGGUCCUUGUUGGCUAAAAAUUAAAGACGCAAAAGUCAGUGCAAGCAAGGAAACCUGGUGCAAAGUCGAAUAUACUGUAAAUGAUCCGAAACUAUGCAAUCCUCUUCGUGAUGCUGAUGGAAAUUCACCAAACACUAUCCCUCCACUGGUGGUCAUGUCUCUUAGUCUUCGCACUAUUUUGAACAAACAAAAGAAUGCCAAUGAAAUUGUCGCUGCUAGUGCUCUCGUAUGCAAACAAGUGAAAAUCGAUGAACCUACACCAAUUCAAGAUCAAGCCAAGAUACGCUUCACAGCAGUAAGACAACUCAACAAUACGCCAUUUCCUCCAGGUUUUCAGGAUGCAGUGACGAAGGAAAGAAAACAAAGCAACUCUUCUAUUCAAGUUGAACGUACCGAAUCUUCUCUUCUCAAUUAUCUUAUCGCAAGAAUCCAUUCUUGUGACCCAGAUGUGAUUGUUGGUCAUAAUUUUUCUGGUUUUGAUUUGGAUGUUCUUCUUCAUCGAAUGAAAGCACUUAAUACACAACAUUGGCACAAAUUAGGUCGACUCAAACGCAAAAACUGGCCAAAACUUCAAGCGGGCGCCGGUGGAGCACGGGAAUCAACCUAUCAAGAACGUAUGGUUAUGUGUGGUCGACUUAUAUGUGAUACUUAUUUGGCAUCCAAGGAUUUGAUUCGAAGCAAGUCGUAUCGAUUAGGUGAUCUAGCCAAAUCACAACUCAAAAUUGAUCGUGAGGAUAUUGAAUUCGACAAACUUGCUGGUUAUUACAACAAUGCUACUGAUCUGCUCCAUUUAGUCAAACACUGUUCCUUUGACGCCUUUUUAUCUUCUGCAUUGAUGUUCAAACUUCAAAUCUUACCUCUGACAAAACAGUUGACGAACUUGGCUGGUAACUUGUGGGCAAGAACAAUGACAGGUGCUCGUGCGGAACGGAAUGAAUUUCUUUUGCUUCAUGAAUUCCAUCGUCAAAAAUACAUUUGUCCUGACAAAUCACUUAACUUUAAAUCUCAAGCUGCUGUGGAAGCAUUGGAAAUCGAUGGUGAUGAAAACGCAGAAAAGACAAAAACGAAAUCCAAAGGACGAAGGAAACCUGCUUAUAGUGGUGGCCUGGUGCUGGAACCGAAGAAAGGUUUCUAUGAUAAAUUUGUAGUCCUCCUUGAUUUCAACAGUUUAUAUCCAUCCAUUAUUCAAGAAUAUAAUAUUUGCUUCACUACUGUUCAACGAGAAGGAACUGACAACAAGGAUGAUGAACCGGACGACAUGACAGAAGAAAAGGUACCUGAUAUCCCUGAUCCCAGUAUGACUCAAGGUGUUCUUCCAAGAUUGAUCAAGGCUCUAGUAGAGCGACGACGACAGGUUAAAAAACUUAUGAAGGAUCCAAAACUGACUGAAGCUGAAAUGAUGCAGCUGGACAUUCGACAAAAGGGUUUAAAAUUGACUGCCAAUAGUAUGUACGGAUGUCUUGGAUUUUCUCAUUCAAGAUUUUAUGCUAAACCUUUAGCCAUGUUGAUUACUCACAAAGGGCGAGAAAUUUUACAAAACACGGUGAAUUUGGCAGGCAGUAUGGAUCUCAAUGUUAUCUAUGGUGAUACGGAUUCUAUUAUGGUUUAUACCAAUGAAAGCGAAUUGGCCAAGGUCAAGGAAAUGGGAAAUUUGCUCAAGAAACGAGUCAAUGAACUUUACAACUUGCUAGAAAUUGAUAUUGAUGGUUUCUUUAAACAUAUGUUACUACUCAAGAAGAAAAAAUACGCUGCUCUCUUAGUAGAAGAAAAAUCAAAUGGUGAACUGGUGGAAACUGUAGAAACCAAAGGUCUUGAUUUGGUACGUAGAGAUUGGUGCGACCUUUCACAUGAUGUGUCAAAUUGUGUAUUAUCGUUUAUUCUGUCAAAACUGGACCGGGAAGAAGUAGUGGAACAAAUCCAUGAAUAUUUACGACAAGUUGGAGAACAAAUUCGAAAUGGUGAAAUGUCUUUGGAAAAGUUUAUCAUCAACAAGCAAUUAACGAAAAGUCCAGAAGAAUAUGCUGAUAGUAAAAGUCAACCUCACGUCCAAGUCGCCUUACGCAUGCGUCAAGCAGGUUUAUCAGUCAAUGCCGGUGAUACUGUACCUUACGUCAUAUGCCAUGUGGAGAAUCUUCCUAGUGGAUCAAAAGGUUUUGCAGAACGUGCUUUCCAUCCGAAUGACGUGAAGAAUGGUGACAAGCAACUUGAUAUUGAAUGGUACCUGAAUCAACAAGUUCAUCCUCCCAUUGCCCGUCUAUGUUCCCCUAUUAAUGGCACUGAUGCAGCUCAAUUAGCUGAAUGUCUCGGAUUGGAUGGAAGCAAAUUUACACAUGUGUCCAUGUCAUCAGGUGCUGACGGGGAUGCUUAUGUUACAUUAGACUCUCAAAUCAGUGAUGAAGAACGAUUCAAAGAAUGUGAUCGACUACAAUUACGAUGCCAACAAUGUCAAGAAAUAACAAAUUUUGAUGGAAUUGGUAGAUUAGUCGAUGGGGAUACAAUGGAAUAUGGAUUAUCAUGUAUACAAUGUCACCAUGUACUACCUACUCCUAGUGUGCAUACCCAAUUGACUAUGGCAAUUCGAAAGUAUAUCCGUCAAUAUUAUGAAGGAUGGCUGAUAUGUGAUGAUGACACAUGUUUUAACCGGACAAGAAUGAUGUCUGUCUUUGGGCGAAGGUGCUCUGCAGAUGGUUGUCAAGGUGCCAUGAUUCGAGAGUACACGGAUAAACAAUUAUACACACAACUAUUAUUCUAUUCUCACUCUUUUGAUCCAGAACUGAUACGAAAACAAUAUAUGAAAUCUCCUCAUAGUGUGCAAAUAUCCUCUUUUAUCAACAAACAUCAUUCUUCUCUUAUUACAUAUAGAACGGCUGUCGAUAGAUACUUGAAUAGAUCAUCGUAUCGUCAUGUAGAUUUACACAAACUUAUGUCUUUCUUUACUAUUUAGUUUAUCUUCCUUUUACAUUUAUUUUUUAUCUUCAAUAUCUUUUCAUAAUAAACAAAACAAUUCAUUCAACAUCAC